UAGAGGUAAGCUGUGGGCAACUAUCCAAAGGAGUGAGCCCAAGAACCAGGGGUCCCAAUAAAAGAAUUACAUUUUAUUAUUUGUAAAUGUCUAGGGAAAAGCGCAUCUUUGGGAUACUGUUAUUUUUAAUGAAGAUGACAAAUUCCAUGAGCAGUUAGAUUUGGGGGGGUUCGUUUUAGAGAUGGACUAAAUACACAUUUUUUAAAAAAAGACAUUCACAGUCAUCACGAUGCAGCGGCUGAAGCCACCGUCUGCGAUGCUGCCAUUACAGAUGAGUGCCAGCUCAAGUCAGAAGACCCCUAACUCUACCCCUUAAGGAAGAGUCACAGACACAGAGGUCUUCCAUCCACUGGUUCACUCCACAGCUGCAAUGGCCAGGCCUCGGCCAACUUGAAGCCAGGAGUCUGGAACGCCAUCUGGGUGCCCUAUGUGUGUGCAGGGGCCCAAACACUUGGGCCAUCUUCUGCUGCUUUCCCAGGCCACAACAGAGGGCUGGAUCAGAAGUGGUGCAGGCAGAGAGCUGGAUCAGAAGUGGUGCAGCUGGGACUCAAUCUGGCACUCACAUGGGAUGCCGACAUCACAUGCAGCAACUUAACUCAGUGUGCCAACCCCGACCUGAAACAUACUUUUUCCCUGCACCUGCAUGGGAGACCCGGAGGAAGCUCUUGGCCCUGAUGGGUGCAGCUCCGGCCGUUGCGGCCAUCUGGGGAGUGAACCAGCAGCUGGAAGACCUCUCUCUCUCUCUCUCCUCUCUCUCUGUUUCUACCUCUCCCUGUAACUCUUUCAAAUAAAAUAAAAUAAAUCUUUAAAAAAUACAAGUUUAUGUAUACAGAAAUAACUGCAAACACACAGAUAGCUUUCCACUUCUGACCUCCACCAGGGGCAGAGGGCAAGCCUCAGCGCGAAGACUCACUCUGGCACUCCUCCCACAGGGAAGGAGUGAGCUCUGCUACAUGACGCUCUCAGACAUCUCUGCUCUCUAACACACACACACCGCCAUCUGCCUUGGGGGAACCAGGACUCACCCUGUAUCCCCGUCACCGCGAUUUCUGUCUCGAAAGGGCCAGCCUUCCCUCCCUCACUCCUCCCACAGGCCCUGGACGGCUCCCACCCUUCGUCCCCUGGCCCUCCCCAGUGCCUGGAACCCUCGGAGGGAUCAGCCCACCGUCCAGAGCUCCCCUCUGCACACUCCCUCCACCCCAGUGCUCCAGCCGAAACCUGUCUCCCCUUGGCAUCCUGCGGCUGCUGCGCUCCCCCAGGCCUGGGCUGGCUUCUGUUCUAAGGCCACCACCUUUACUACCGAGCCUGCAAAUGGAACAGAUGUCCUCUUGCUUUCUCUGUGUCGCCGAGCCAUGUCCCCCGCAUCCCAAGUCCUACUUCCUAAUCUCACCUCUUGACAUCAUAGAGACCACCUGCCUCCCACUGCCCUCCCACACACACACUGUCGCUUCCCACUGGUACUGUCAAGACAUCCUACCUGACUUAGUUCCUGGCAAUUUCAAAACACACCUAAGUAGAGGAUCUGUCCACAGCUGACAGCCUUGCCAUCUAGCCCUUCUGCCCUCAGCCACUCACUCCCACAGUGCGUCCCUACACAGCCGAUUUCCCACACGGUCAUCUCUGAAGUCAGCGCUCACUCCCUCUGGACCCAACCACCUCUCCGCUCCAGCAGUACCUCUCACCCAGGGGAGCCGCCUUCUUCCCACUGUGCCGGGAUGCGUUCCUGCCUGUCCCCCCAACCCUCUCGUCCAGGCCCGUCCUUACUGUCUCUCACUCCCCCUCCUCAUGCAGGCCCGUCCUUACUGUCUCUCUCACACACACUCCCCCUCCUCAUGCAGGCCCGUCCUUACUGUCUCUCUCACACACUCCCCCUCCUCAUGCAGGCCCGUCCUUACUGUCUCUCUCACACACACUCCCCCUCCUCAUGCAGGCCCGUCCUUACUGUCUCUCACACACACUCCCCCUCCUCAUGCAGGCCCGUCCUUACUGUCUCUCUCACACACACUCCCCCUCCUCAUCCAGGCCCGUCCUUACUGUCUCUCUCACACACACUCCCCCUCCUCAUGCAGGCCCGUCCUUACUGUCUCUCACACACACUCCCCCUCCUCAUGCAGGCCCGUCCUUACUGUCUCUCUCACACACACUCCCCCUCCUCAUGCAGGCCCGUCCUUACUGUCUCUCACACACACUCCCCCUCCUCAUGCAGGCCCAUCCUUACUGUCUCUCUCUCUCACACUCCCCCCUCCUCACCCAGGCCCGUCCUUACUGUCUCUCUCACACACUCCCCCUCCUCACCCAGGCCCGUCCUUACUGUCUCUCACACUCCCCCUCCUCAUGCAGGCCCGUCCUUACUGUCUCUCACACUCCCCCUCCUCAUGCAGGCCUGCCCUUACUGUCUCUCUCACUCCCCCUCCUCACCCAGGAGCUCAGAACUCAACCCAGGACGCCCAUGUGGGUGGUGGGAACCCAGCAUGUGGGCCAUCACCACUGCCCCUCCUAACGCAGGCUCCCGCCUUAGCAGAGUCGGCACUGCCCCGGGUGCUCCCGACGUGGGACGCGGGCGUCUAAACAGGCGUCCUAACACGAUGCUGAACACCCACCCAGGAUUUUCAAUCUAGCUGAUUUAUUCACUGCAGUCGGCCAAGUGCCUAGAACACUGCCUGUUAAAGUAGAAUCUUAAUCAACACUUGUUGAAUGACCAAACAGCAGUUCCAGAGAGAAGUAACAGAGCACAGGAGAAAAAUCAGGAACAAAAUCAUUCCAGGGACUGCCCCAGAACUGAAGGACAAGAGUUCCCAAAACUGACAGGGCCCAGCGCCAAGCAUGGAACCUGCAACCACAUCACUGUGCGAUUCUGGAACACUAGUGAGACAAGACGAUAGGAUAGAAGCUUCCAGAAGGGGGAAAACAGGUCACAUCCAAAAGCUCAGGAAUUUAAAAUGUCCUUGAAAUUUUCAACAGUCAUACUAGAAGCAAGAGGACCAUGAAGAAAUGUCCUCUGAAGGAAAAAUGACCACAACCCAGAAUCCUGUAGUCAGCCGGACGAUUACCCGGGGGAAUGUGAAGAGCCUUCCAGGCCUGCAGUCCUGAGACUCACAGCCCACGUGCCCGUUUCCCAGGAAGUUCCUGGAAGCUGUACCAACACGAGAAUAAACAGGGCGUAACGGUGAGGAGGGGGAAGCGAACCUCAGUCCCAGGCAGGAGAAACCCCUGGGUGCCCACAGUGAUGCCACCCACCCUGCACCAGGCAGGCCGUCAGUCUGAGCGGGAGUCAGCUGCUCCAAGACGCAACACCCGGGACCAGCAGAAUGACCGGAUGCCUCGGCAGACAUCAGGCGGAUGGAAGCUGCUGCUGCCGCCUCUGCGGUGAGUGAGUGGCGUGCAGGUGGAGCACCAGGCAAGUGGAAAGACGGUGUUCACCUCACAGAAAAUGAGUGAUUGUGAAGGAGGAGAAAGGCGGCUCAGAACGCAGGACGGCUCCCCUAGGAGCUGGCUGAAAAGUUCUAACGACAUACACAGCCUGGAAUGGCACUUCCUUCAUUAGCAGCAGAAGGCAGCGGGAGAGACACAUGGCAGGGAUCGGAGAGGAAAGACGGCUAAGCUCGUCUCCCCAGAGGGAUGUCCACAGAGAAUGCCCGAAACACAACAGUCACGUUCCAGAGUUACCCGAGGACGGCACACACCCAGAGAAUCAGACUAAGGAAUGGAGCAGGCAUGGUCAGGGGGACGGAGAAGGAUCCCUCCAGGAGGCUGCUGUCUUCACAGCAAACUUGGCAGAACCACAGAAGUUAUUAGACUGAACAUCUUUAAAUUUAACAAACGGGAAGCAAAACAAGAAUUUUUUUAUCCUUUAAAUCUCACUCGAAUAUCAACGUUUGAAAUAAGCACAAUUCUUUCUAAAAAACAUUUCAGUUGGCCAACAUUUUACAAUAUAAUGUCAUUAAACUUAGUAUUAUCUCCGAGUAAGAAUCUUCUUACCUGUGACAGUAGCUCCUCCUUUUCCCCAGCAAGUUUUCGUAGCCUUACAUCUAAAACAAAUGUAAAAGGUUGUGAACUAAAUUUGUAAUGAAGAAUAAAUUUGUAUGAAAAAUAAUUCUUCAAAUUCAUAAACAGCAAGUAUUAUCUGAUCAGUUACAUUACAGCUCUGAAUAUCAAAGAAAUAAAGGCUCUAAUGCAAUUACAGAGGAAUACUUAAUUUGUUGGGGCACCAAAUACAUUUGCUCCCCAAAACAUUUUCCCACUUUCUUAACGACAAGCCAAAGUACAAAAGAGAGAAGCUUCGUGUUUUAAAAAUCUGCAUGCUUUCACCAGCACGCAGGCAACUCAAAUGCCAUGGGUGCCGUCCCAAGCUCAAGCCCUCCCUCACUCAGCGAGGGCAAUCAAAGCACUUGAAAGUAGACAGAGGGGACCGGAGCUGUAGCAGGUAGGGCCGCUGCCUGCAGGACCAGCAUCCCAUUUGAGCACCGGUUCAAGUCCCGGCUGCUCCUCUUCUGAUCCAGCUCUGCUAUGGCCUGGGAAAGCAGUAGAAGAUGGCCCAAGGCCUUGGGUCCCUGCACCCGCGUGGAAGACCCAGAAGAAGCUCCUGGCUCCUGGCUUGGAUCAGCGCAGCUCAAGUUGUUGUGGCCCAUUGGGAAGUGAACCAGCAGAUGGAAGACCUCUCUGUCUCUCCUUCUCUGUCUGUGUAACUCUUUCAGAUAAAGAAAUCUUAAAAUAGAUAAAUAAAUAAAGCAGACAGAGGGUGGGAGUGGGACAAGGCACAGGAAGAAGAGGGAGCUGGACUAAAGAAAACAGAGGAAUACAACGCUGCAAAUGGCCAAGUCCCACAAAGCCAGCAGAGGGAGGGGGGGGGACCGACUCUCCGAUGUGGUCCAAGGGCGAAUCUGAGGUUUGGAAGCAGGACGCUGAGGGUUGGCUCCUGGCCUGUCAGACGAAAGGGUUGCUUCUUCACAAGCCUGCAUUAAAAUAGGCCCCCUGGGCUGAGCAAACACCAGGAGUUCAGUUAAAGCAGCAGCUGACACUUGGCCAACCAAGCCCCACCACCAGUCAGGAUCAGGGCCAAAGUGAGUCUGGUUUCUCCGGCAUCUUCCACACAUGGAGAGGUCCACUCUCUAGCUCCCUCGCGCUCGGCACACUCUCUGCUUCACUGAAGCGCUCUACAGUCAAACUUCAGGAUUGAGCACAUCACAGAAUGUGCCUGCUGACUUUUCAAAUGGUUUUCAGCCUCCACUGUUAGUGUCUCAUACGCCUCCAGGCAACCUAUGCAUACAUGAACACGAGCUGGGGAAGACUGCUUCUUCAUAAACAAAAGUGAGGUGAUGACACAGUAUCUGUGUCGUUUUUCUUCCUCUGGUGUAGGGUCCUGGGCUGCAACGGUUGGCCCCCUUUGUGGCUGACAGGGGCAGCUAUCAUUAGACCCCAAAAGGGUUGGAUGAGAGGCUAAGAGGCUUAGACUGUCACAGGCUUAGAAACCGUGUUCUGGAUGUCCCACUCCUCUGACGUCUGUCUUCCUGUCCUCUGUUUUGUGCAUUAAGAAAUGUGCAGGCAAAGGGCUACAGAGCUCUGGGGUACGCAGUGGAAGAAGACAUUUAAAACACACAUGCGAAGGGUUCUGCCAGCCCACUGCUUCCCUGGGACGGGAGUGCUAGACGGUCUCUGCAGGAAGUCUGCAGAAGCGAAAAGGCAGUUCAUGUAAACCCACGGUGCUUCUGCCCAGAGGACCCACAGCCACAGUUACCGGGACCCAGGUGCUACUUCCCCAAGGCCAAAGGUGCUAGUGCCCAGAUUCUUCCAGUGAAGCGUCGAGGUCAGUCUCAGGCCUUGCGCUGUCUGCGUUUUCCAAGCUGGGAUGUUGACAACAAGCUGGAAGCCCGACAGGGCGACAUUAACCCAAGUCACCAGAACAGGCAGUGUCUUACCUAGUGGCCCUUCGCCUGCUGACUCCAAGACCUGAGCAGCUUCCUGAGACACAACGGUGAUGGCUCCAACCACUGGUUCGUGAUUGACAUCACCAUUGGGAGUGCCAUCGGGAAUUAUAACUAAGCCAUGUUUCUGUGGGAAAGAAAAAACCCACCAUCACAAACGAUGCGCACGCCAAGCAGUAAGCGCUGUGAGGUCACUCUGCAACAACACACGCUUGCCACAGCACAACCUGCUUAGAAUCGGCAUGUGAAGAAGAGCUCUGCGGAAAAACACGCUCCUACCAGGUCUGAACGGGGGAACAGGCUGCUGGUGGACUGGCACGAGAGACGCCAGGACGAGAGAAGACAGACAGAGGACAGCUGCGGGCUCAUGCUAACGUACCUCUCCGGUCUGCACUGUCUCCCGCAGGUCAGCCAGCUCCUCUCGGAGCGCAUCGCGCUCAUCCCUGAGGCAGGCAGCGUGUUCCUUCUGUUUCUCUAGGGCCUGGUUUCAGGCGGGGUAGCGAGGGAAAGAAUGGCACAGAAAAGAGCAAGUGAAAGGUAACUAAUUCCAACCAGCAGAGACAAGGGCAUCAAAAAGCAAGGAAGCAGUUACAGCUUGGAAACCAGCAGUCAGGGAGAGAAGAAACACAGAAGAGUCUACACAUGAAGUGGUCCUCGUGCAGCAAUUUGGGCCUGGGACGCAGCGCUGAUGCUUCGAGUACCGGAGUUCUCAGCACUCACGUGGGAAAGCUGGAACAAGUCCAGGCUCCCGGGCAUCUGGGGAGUGAACCAGCGGACGGCAGCACUGCUGCUCACACACCCUACCACUCAAAUCAAAACAAACUAAGCAAAAAACACGAGAAUUCCCUGCACGUCCUCAUCCCACAACUGCUGGGCUGAGGAGGACAGUGAGGCAGGAACAUGCUUUGGUGAUCCGUGAGAUAUCAGUUUCCUUUGAUUAUGUGAUAAAAUAUCCACACUUCAAACCAUGCCAAGCAGUGUGUGCAGGAAUCUGACAGCUGAGCUAGUAUAUUUUUCAUAUACUUAAUCUUUUCUGCCAGCAUUUGCAAUAAGUCAAGAUGAACUACAACAAGUAACUUUUCUCUGUCGAUGACUGGGUUUAGAAGUGGGGCAGGGACGGUGCUGUGGCUUAGCAUAUAGAGCCACCGCCCGUGACACCAGCAUCCCAUAUGAACACUGGUUCUUGUCCUGGCUGCCCCUCGUCUGAUUCAGCUCUCGGAGAACGUGCCUAGGGAGAGCAGCAGUCAUCCAAGGGGGAGGCGCAGAUGAAGCUCCUGGCUACUGGUUUUGGCUUGGCCCAGCCCUAGCUGUCCUGGCCACUGGGAAGUGAACCAGUGGAUGGAAGGAGUGUGUGUGUGUAUGUGUGUCACUCUUUCUCUCUGACUCGGCCUGUAAAAUAAAUGCAUCUUUAAAAAAAGGACAACUGCUUCAUUAACUGACAGCUGAAUAGUUGAAUAUUUUAAAAUAUCAUUACAAUCAUUCUGCAACCAAUUUGAGAAUAAACAAAGAAGGAGUGGUAACAAGUACCACGUAUGUGGCAUAAAUUAUAUCACAGACAUAAUAUAUGUCUGUAUCAUAUAUAUCAGAUACAAUUUCUCCCUUACACAUAUCACCUCCUUGACAUUUCCUAUAAUGUACUACUAUGUCUUAUCCUUAUUUUACAAACUGGAAAACUGAGACUGAAAAAGACGAAUUUGUUUGUUUUUGUCCAAAGUCACAGUAAGUUUUAGAAAUGCCAGAAAAUUGAUCCAGUUAGUUUUGGUUUCAAAGCUCGUGCAAACAGUUUUUUAUAUCCAGUCCCACGAAGGCUGCAUCAUGUUCCUAUCAGACCAGCUGAUGG